UCACAGACUAGUCGCCAUUUUCCUUGUACUUGGAAGUUUGUCGAACGUUUGUUGUAAAUUUUCCAGUAAAAUAGAGGUUUGCAACAUAUAUUUUACCAGUUGAUACAGGAAAACCUGUAAUUUACCUUUAUUUGCAACUGUUGACAAAUCAGUGACGAUGACUAUUCUACCGAAAAAGAAACCAGGGACGUCGAAAACAGAAUGUGAAUCAACUGAACACCAGGGCGGACAUGCAUCUCAUUCUCACCAACAUCACCAAGCCACCACGGAUGCCAGGCAUGAAAAGGCUACUCGUUCUCGAAACUCCCCGACCCGCUGGGUUCCGUCGACAACGAGGGACGAGAAACUGGCCAGUCAUGAUCCAGGGGGAACCUUUGAAGGUCAUGAAGGAGUUAAUAAUAAACGACGCCAUCGUUCCUCCCCACACAGGACACAUGCACGGAAACAUCGCAUGCACGCCUCGGCCACGGUCACCUCUCGUGACUACCAGGCUUCUACUGAGUAUGAGGAGACCGGGUACAACAGUGGGGACGAGUAUGUCCCUCCACAGCACCCUGACAACAUUGAGGAGCUGGAAGCUUGGUUUGAGAAGACACUGAAAGAAAAGAAAGGCUGGAUUAUAAAGAAGAUGGGGGAAGAUGGUGCCUGUCUAUUUAGAGCUGUUGCUGACCAAGUAUAUGGUGACCAGGAAAUGCACUCAGUUGUUAGAAAACAUUGUGUUGACUACAUGCUGAAAAACUGUGACUACUAUUCUCAGUAUGUAACGGAGGAUUUUACCACAUACAUAAAUCGUAAAAAGAUGGACAAUUGCCAUGGAAACCAUGUGGAGAUGCAGGCAAUGAGCGAGAUGUUUAAUCGCCAAAUUGAAGUAUACCAGUACAGUAUAGAUCCCAUUAAUACAUUCAAUUGUCCUUAUAAGACUGAAAAUGAACCCAUUAGAAUCAGUUACCAUGGAAAUGUCCAUUACAAUUCAGUGGUGGAUCCAUGUAAGGCAACCAUUGGUGUGGGACUUGGACUGCCUGGCCUUCAACCAGGGCUCGCAGACAAAAGUCAGAUGAGGGACGCUGUCCGGCAGUCAGAGGAUGUCCAUAUCGAGCAGACUAUGCUGGAAGAUAAGCUUAGAGAGACCGACUGGGAAGUCACUCAGGAGACAAUAGAGGAACAAGUUGCUCGUGAGUCGUAUCUACAGUGGCUCAGAGAUAACGAAAACCAAGUCCGUAGGAAAAGCUCACCUCGGUCAGCCAGCGCCACCUGUAGUUCCUCCAAGGACAAAGAUUUAGGAUCCCCCGAACUCCUGCAGCAGGGGAGAUCCCCCAGGAACAGGAGUAACCCAGGGUCAGGAGGGAACAGCCCCCAAAGACUGGACACGAUGAGGAGUGGCCCCAGCAGUCCCCAGCAGACAGAGGCAGCUCAGCAUUCACCUUUACCUACGUGUUCUGGAUAUAACCCUGCUAACAUAGCUAAUGAUGCCUUUAGCAGCAGCCUUGGGGCCACAGGAGGGGCCCAGGAUCUUACAACAACCAACUUUGUAGAAACCUCUUCCUUAAUGAACUGCUACAAUUCCGAUAUGUAUGGUCUUUCAGAUUGGAUAGAUGAGGAUGACAUCAUGGCACAGGUGAUAGCCCAGUCCCAGAAAGAAUACCUGGACAGCCUGAAAAAGUCAGCCUCCUCUCCCCCCGACCCCUCCCCUCACAGCUAACACAGGGCUGACCUAAUUCUUUGUUUUAAUUCUACACAUUCAUCAUAGAGGCUUAUUUACAUGUAUUGCUUCUAGAGACAUUUGAAUCACUUAAAGCCCAGCUGGUCCCAAUCCUAUAUCAUUUGACUUUGCAAUUUUUUCAAUAGCUAAUAUGAUUAUAUGGACAUUUUAUGAUAUGGUUUACUUCAGAUUUUUCUUUUAUUGAGACUGCGAGUCAGUUUUUUGUGAUGUAACGCAAAUAAAGAUCAAAGAAACUAACUGUAACAUAACCAUUAUGAGCUGAUUUAUUGUGUUAAUAUUAUAAACAUGUAAUUAUAUAAAAUAGUGGGUGUACAUUGUAUUUUGAAAGUUUUAUUAUUUUAAAUUUCCUUGUUUUGAAAUAUAAUUUGUUAUUGUUUAAGCUGGAAUCAUUCUACUCCUUAAAAUCUUUAUUGACCAUUUACUGAAUAUAAGCAGCUUAUACGGAGAUUCUGAAGAGGAUUAUUUUCAAUUUUCAUAAAAAUAUUUCCUACUAAAAAAAAGUUGCUUCUUAAAAGAAGUUAUAAUAUAUAUAUAUAUGUUUUUUAUUACUGCAGGAAACCUGAUGAAGGAAAAUUAAGAGAAAUAUUUUAUGGUAACCUUUUGUGAAUGUCAGUGAUUUGCACACACGGGUGUGAAUAAGUUAAUACACCAAAUUAUUCCAUAUUAUUGUGAGAAGAAUUUAGUUGAGAUAACUAUUCAUCAUCUCCAUUAUCUUAGAUUUUUGUAUUUGACCUACACCAUUAUAAUUUUUCAUUUUUACUGUGUUUGAAUUCAACUGUACUUGCUUAGUUGACACGUAACUCAUUAUAAUUGGUGAGUUAUAUCAUAAGUGAAGUAUAUGCCACAAUAAUUUUACUGAAGAAGUGUUGUGCUAGUGACUUAUGUCUAAGGAAGACCGAGAUGUGUAAUAAUUCCUACAUUAAUCUGUGAUCAGGAUUUUCUGCCAUGCAAAAACAUUGGGAGAUUGGAAGGAUGGAAUUUUUGAUAGACCUGAACAAUUUUCCUGAAUCAGUUUUAGAUGUGUAUGUGUGUGAGACAGAGUCCAGUAUGUGGAAUUUUUUUAUUUCCCCCACCCACCCCCGGGUAACGUGAGUGUUCAGAAGUAGUGUAUGUUUUAUUCCCCUUCAUAGUUAUGAAUCUUUUUUUUUGUCAGUAUAAUUUUGUUAAAAGAGUGCUAUAUUUUAUUUUGUUUCUACAAAGGCAUUGUAUCAGGUUCUGAAUGCUUAUGUAAUUUUAGAAUAUUGUAUGCCAUUUUUUUUUUCUUGAAACAGAAAAUACUCCACUGGCUGAUGGAUGAAGAAUAUUUGUGAAUAGAUAUAGAAUAUAAAUAUCAAAUUAGGGAAUUAUUUCUUUACUUUGUUCCUGUGAUUACAAUGCCUUUAAGCAUAUAUUAUGAAGAAUAUUAAAUUAUUUGUCAUGUAUAAA